GGGGAAAGUGACCUUCCCUACCCAAGAUGGCGGCCGCACGCUCUGGGCUGCUGCUACCGCAGCUGCUACUGCCUCUCGUCGUCGUCUGCGUCCUCUGCUCCCUCUCGACGCCGGGCGCCGCGCAAAAGACCAAAGAGGUGCUGAUGUCGGAGAAGGUGCAGCAGCUAAUGGAGUGGACGGUGCGACGCUCGGUCAUCCGCCUCAACGGGGACAAGUUCCGGCGCUACGUGAAGGCGCCGCCGCGGAACUACUCGGUGGUCAUCAUGUUCACGGCCCUCGAGCCUCAGAGGCAGUGCGGGGUCUGCAAGCACGCCAACGAGGAGUUCCAGAUCCUGGCAAACUCGUGGCGGUAUUCGGGGUCCUACUCCAGCCGGCUCUACUUCGCCAUGGUGGACUUUGACGAGGGCUCGGACGUCUUCCAGCAGCUGAACAUGAACUCGGCCCCCACCUUCAUGCACUUCCCGGCCAAGGGCCGCCCCAAGCGAGCCGACACCUUUGACCUCCAGCGCAACGGCAUCAUGGCCGAGCAGCUGGCCAAGUGGAUCAGCGACCGCAGCGAGGUCACGAUCCGCGUGUUCCGCCCCCCCAACUACUCGGGGGCAGUGGCGCUGAUGCUGCUCAUGUCUCUGGUUGGGGGGCUGCUCUUCCUGAGACGCAACAACCUGGACUUCCUGUACAACAAGACCGGCUGGGCCGUCGCCGCACUGUGCGUCGUGUUUGCCAUGACCUCCGGGCAGAUGUGGAACCACAUUCGGGGACCUCCGUACGCCCACAAGAACCCCCAGACGGGACAGGUGGCGUACAUCCACGGCAGCAGCCAGGCGCAGUUCGUGGCCGAGACUCACAUCGUAAUCCUCCUCAACGUGGCGAUCACCCUGGGGGUCGUCCUCCUGCACGACUCGGCGGCUCCCGACGGGGACAUCGGCAAACGCAAGAUCCUGUGUCUCGUAGGCCUGGGUCUCGUCGUUUUCUUCUUCAGUUUCCUCCUCUCCAUCUUCCGCUCCAAAUACCACGGCUACCCAUACAGCUUUCUUAUAAAGUGAAGAUGGCAUUGGCGAAUGGAGGAAAGAUGAUGGAAGUAACAUCGUCAACAUUAUCAUCGUCAUCAUCAUCAACAACAACAUCAUUAUUAUCAUCAUCAACAACAACAUCAUUGACAGCAACAUCGUUAUUGUCAUCAUCGUCAUCAGCAUCUUCGUUAUCAUCACCGUUAAUAUUGUCAACAAUCGUAAAAACGUCACGCUCAUCAACAUCGUCAUCACCGUCGUCUUGCGACGGUCAUCAUCUUCGUCAUCAUUACCAUCCCUAUCAUCGCCAACCUCAUUGUCAACCUCAUCAUCACCGCGCGCUUCCCAUCACUGGAGGGGAAAACUGAACCAGGAUGCUUUUUGGAAAGAUCGUCAAUGUGAUUCUCUAUUUUCUUGAAUAAACAUCAACAUCAUCUCCGUCAUCAUCUCCGCCAUCAUCAUCAGUCAUCUCCAUAAUCAUCAUCUUCAUCAUCAUCUCCGUCAUCAUCUUCAUCAUCAUCAUCUCCGUCAUCAUCAUCUCCAUCAUCAUCUCCAUCAUCUCCAUCAUCAUCUUCAUCAGUCAUCUCCAUCAUCAUCAUCAUCAUCUCCAUCAUCAUCAUCUUCUCCAUCAUCAUCUCCAUCAUCAUCAUCAUCUCCAUCCUCAUCAUCUCCAUCAUCAUCUCCAUCAUCAUCUCCAUUAUCAUCAUCUUCAUCAUCAUCUCCAUCAUCAUCAUCUCCAUCAUCAUCAUCUCCAUCAUCAUCUCCGUCAUCAUCAUCUCCGUCAUCAUCAUCGUCAUCAUCUCCAUUAUCAUCUCCAUCAUCAUCUCCAUCCAUCAUCAUCUCCAUCAUCAUCAAUCUUCAUCAUCAUCAUCAUCUCCAUCAUCAUCAUCAUCAUCUUCAUUAUCAUCUCCAUCCUCAUCAUCAGUCAUCAUCAUCAUCAUCUCCAUCAUCAUCAUCUCCAUCAUCAUCAUCUCCAUCAUCAUCAUCAUCAUCAGUCAUCUCCAUCAUCAUCAUCAUCUCCAUCAUCAUCUCCAUCAUCAUCUCCAUCAUCAUCUCCAUCAUCAUCAUCAUCUCCAUCAUCAUCAUCAUCAUCAUCUCCAUCAUCAUCUCCAUCAUCAUCAUCUCCAUCAUCAUCAUCUCCAUCAUCAUCUCCAUCAUCAUCUCCAUCUCCAUCAUCAUCUCUAUCUCCAUCAUCUCCAUCAUCAUCAUCAUCUCCAUCCUCGUAGUAGUCACGGUUCGAGUGAGCGGAGCGUGUAAUGUUUUAUAAUUAUUUCCUCGGUUUUCUUUGUAUGAGUUGUGCAACAAAAUAAAUGAGCAGACCACCUGCCUACUCCCUCCCA